GUCUCUUUUUUUUUAGAUGCGUGUCUCUUCUGUCCUUGCCACGCUGUAUCUCUCUACAUGCAAAUGUUUGCAUUUUAUCCGCUUUGAGUGAAUAGACUCUGAUAUCGUAAACAUUUAGAUCUUUUUAUUAAGUUUAAUAUAUGUUGUUUAGGUAUUCACCGUGUAUGCUGAGAGAAUAAAUAAAAUGCGACUUACAAGAGAGUAACAUUCUUAUCAGUAAAUAUUUAAAAAUUACGUGUUCUGACGUGUCAAAUUGACGUAAUUAAUAUUGAAGUAAUGGCAGUUUGGUAGAAUGUCCACGUAUAUAUUGGCGUGUAAUCAAACAAAUCGCAAAUUGUCGACUAUGUAAUAUGAAACAAGAUACAUAAAAAAACUUUUGAAAAAAUGAAGAUAGCAUAUGUUGCAACAACUUUUUUAUUAGCAUGGAUAGUGCAAGUCAAGGCAGAGACAGAUAAUGAAGUAAAGUUAGAACAGAAGCAGAAAGAUGUUAGCAGUGUUAAUCCACAAUCUGAGUCUAAACAAGAUACUGAUGAAGAUAUUGCUACAGAAGAUUUAGUUUCUAUUAUUGAACAUCUAAAAGAAAUGAAUGCUCUUGGUAAUACAAUUAUAUCAUUACUACCACCAGUAGAUCCUUAUAUAAAGAACAAAGAUGUUAAACAGCAUAAAGAUAACCAAAAUGAGAAUUAUCCAAUUAAAGAAGCAGUAAAUUUUUUGAUGAAAACAGCAGUAACAGAAACAAAGAAUGUAAAUAAUAUUGAAACUUCUGGACAAACUUUGUUGAUAAAAGAAGAGGAAACAGAAGAAUGGAAUGGUGAGAAAUCAGAUGAUAAUGUUUUUGAAAAAAAUCCAGAAUCAAUGACAAGAGAAGAAAAAGAAGCGGAAAAUUUAUUUGAAGAAGCCAAAAGUUUAUUAAAUGCAACUCAUGCAAAUAAAGCUUUAGCAUAUAAAUUGCUUACUGGUGCAGCAAUAUUAGGUCAUAAAGAAGCUCGUUCUAUGCUAGCUUGGGCCAAGUUACUAGGAACUCAUAUUGGUUUUUCUUCAUCACGAUCAUCUAGUCAAGAUAUAGUACUUGCUGUACAAAAAUUUGAAGAACUUGUUCUAACUGGAUUGCCUUCUGCUCAUAUGGGCAUUGGAUUUUUAUAUGCAACAGGACUAAGUGGUGUAAAUGCAUCACAAGCUAAGGCUCUUUUACAUUAUACAGCAGCAGCUCUUGGGGGAGAUAUUCGUGCACAAAUGGUCAUGGGUUAUCGAUAUUGGGCAGGAAUAACUACUCAAGCAUCCUGUGAAAAUGCUUUGGAUUUUUAUCGUAAAGUGGCUAACAAGGUUGCUGAAGAUGUAUCAUUAAGUGGUGGUCCAGUUGUGCAACGUGUGCGUCUUCUUGAUGAACAUGAAAAUCCUAAUUACAGUUCUGGAAUUUUCGAUCAAGAUUUAAUAGAGUAUUACCAGUUACUUGCUGAAAAAGGUGAUAUACAAGCUCAAGUUGGUUUAGGUCAACUUCAUUAUCAAGGUGGAAGAGGUGUUCCUAUUGAUCAUCAACGAGCUCUUCACUAUUUUCAAAAUGCUGCUGAUGCUGGUAAUCCAGUUGCAAUGGCCUUUUUAGGCAAGAUUUAUUUAGAAGGCAGUGACAUUGUCAAGCAAGAUAAUGAAACUGCUUAUAAGUACUUUAAAAAGGCUGCAGAAUUAGGUAAUCCAGUUGGCCAAAGUGGACUUGGUAUAAUGUACUUGUAUGGAAGAGGUGUUGAAAGAGAUCCAACAAUAGCACUUCAGUACUUCAACCAAGCAGCAGAACAAGGAUGGGUAGAUGGACAAUUGCAACUUGGAAAUAUGUAUUUUAGUGGAACAGGUGUAAGACGUGAUUAUAAAUUAGCUAACAAAUAUUAUAAUUUAGCAAGUCAAUCCGGUCAUGUGUUAGCUUUCUAUAAUCUGGCACAAAUGCAUGCAACUGGUACUGGUAUGAUGCGUAGUUGCUCGGCGGCGGUGGAACUACUAAAAAAUGUUGCCGAACGGGGCAAGUGGAGUGACCAAUUAAUGACUGCCCACGCUGAUUAUAGAGAGGGUCGAGUGAAUGAAGCUUUCGUUACUUAUUAUCUUUUAGCUGAGAUGGGAUAUGAAGUGGCUCAAAGCAAUGCAGCUUUCAUAUUAGACAGAGGUGAAACGAAUAUUCUCUCAGAGGAACAAGGACUCAUUCGAGCUUUAUCGCUCUGGGCACGAGCUGCUGCUCAAGGAUACUCUGUUGCUCAAGUGAAGCUUGGUGAUGCUCAUUACUAUGGUAGAGGUACAAAAGUUGAUUAUGAUCUUGCAGCAAGUCAUUAUCGAUCAGCCUCAGAGCAACAACAUAAUGCUCAAGCGAUGUUUAAUCUCGGUUACAUGCAUGAAUGUGGGCUCGGUUUGACAAAAGAUCGACAUCUUGCUAAACGCUGUUAUGACCUUGCGGCUGAAGCUAGCCCUGACGCUCGCAUACCAGUGGCUCUUGCUCUUGUUAAACUCUUUAUUCUGUUUGGUAUCGAUUAUUUGCAAGGGUUAAGUGCGUUCAAACAGUUAAGUACGUGGGAUGAGUCGUUCGUUCAAAAUUGGGACCUGUACCUUAUUGGCAUUUUUUUUGGUUUGCUUGGCUUCGUUAUUUAUUUUAGAAGACUUCAAUAUUCGGAACAAAGGCGGGUAGCUCCUAUAAACUAAAUGCUGCACAAAAACUAGUAGAAGCAAGUAUAUCCAUUAAUAAAUACAAGCUUAAAGAGCCAAGUUAACACCAAACAUAGGAUCAGUUUUUUAGUUUUUUAAAUGAAACGUAUACAUUUAUAGAAAGUAUUGUCAAUCUAGAAUUUUUAGAGAAUCAAAGACAAAAGUUUAUUGAUUUUGAAUAUAGCAAAUUACUUUUUUUGUGU